UCUUUUUACAUUAAAAUGUUAUUUUCUGAAACAGAAAAAGCAAGUAUCAUAAUUCAUUUUGCUGAAUCAAAAUCUAUUAUGCAAACAAGACGAAGAUUUUUUAGAGAAUUUAAUAAAACAGCACCGACAUACAAGACAAUAAUGAAGUGGUUUAACAUUUUCAAAAAUAAUGGAUCACUAGCCCAAAAAAAAAAACGAAAUAUCGGCAAUGAUAAUCAUUUACAUGAUACCAUUGGUGUAUACGAGUUUGUUACUAGAUCUCCCAAGUCAUCUAUCAGAAAAAUAGCGUCACAUUUUAAUAUAAGUAGAUCCAAAGUUCAUUGAAUCUUACAAGCACUGAAACUGAAAUUCAAUUACACCAAAAAAUAAAAACGUCUAUAUGUGUGAGACGUUAUUGGACUUGAAAAGAAAUAAUCCUGAGCUCCUUUUAAUAAUGUCUGAUGAAGCAAGUUUCCAUGUUAAUGGAGCCCUCAAUGGACACAAUUGUAGAAUUUGGAGUGAAGAGAUACCACAUGAAUUUUAUGAAAGUGUAAGAGACUCUCCUAAAGUGAAUGUUUGGUGUGCUGUGAGUAAAUACAUGAACCUCAAUAUAAAGUGACUUUUUUGAUUUGUUGUUGCAAACUUGACAGUUGUUUAAAAAUACAUGUGGUGAUUUGGUUGGCUCCUCUUCUACCUUCGGCCUCAUGCCACAUGAAGCAAGUUACAUCCCUUGUUGUCGUUUCAUGGAAAGUUAGGUUAAACGUCCACAGUUGGCGUUUAUAGAAUGCCACCGACGUAUUUAAGUAGGGUGUUUGCAGACACUGUUGGAAGUCAAAUGCGUAACACUUAAUGGUAUUGUCCUCCUAAGCACGUUAUUUGUCUUCUCGCUUUUUAGUAUAUACCAAAUCUGCCUCAUCUUGAUGUUUAGUUUUCUCAUCUUGUAUAGACUUUAACUUAUCUUCUGACUUUGCUACUUUCUUUCAUAUAAAGUAAAAGUAUAUCACACUUGUGACAAGUAUCUGAUUUUGGCCCUUUAAAUGAAAUGUUGAAUGUUUUAAACUUAUGCUCAUAAAUUGAUUUAGAGGCAUGGUGAAAACACUAUUACCUACUUAAACUUUAGGUGAGAAAAAAAUCAAACUAAAUAAGUAGAGCUCACAUACCUAAGGGUGACAAGACAAGACUGAUAAUAAUAAAAGCCAACAUAAAAAAAAGUCUCAAUAGUACAAGUCAGCGGUCUGCUAUCUAACCAACAGUGAGAAACAUGG